AUGGAGCUCCUGCUGAGUGCCCUGGCCCUCAUGCUCUGGACAGGAACAUCGGCAGAUCAGAGCCCAGAGCCAGGCCCCGAGUACGCAGAUGUGGUGUUCCUGAUGGACAGCUCCGACCGCCUGGGCAUCAAGGCCUUCCCGUUCGUGAAGACCUUCGUCAGCAAAAUGGUCAACAGCCUCCCGGUCGAGGCCGACAAGUACCACGUGGGCCUGGCGCAGUACAGUGACCGGCUCCACCACGAGUUCCACCCCGGCACCUUCAAGGGCAGAGGCCCCAUGCUCAGCCACGUCAAGAAGCACCUGGCCUUCGUGGGCGGGUCCCUGCGCGUGGGGAACGCCCUCCGGGAGGCCCACCGGACCUUCUUCUCCCCCGGGGACGGGAGGGACAAGAAGCUGUUCCCCCCACUCCUGGUGGUCCUGGCUUCGGCCGAGUCCGAGGACGACGUGGAGGAGGCCGCGAGGGCCCUGCGGGCGGACGGGGUGAGGAUCAUCUCCGUGGGGCUGCAGCAGACCUCCGAGGAGACCCUGAAGGCCAUGGCCACGGCCCCAUUCCACUUCCACCUCCGCACGGCCAGGGACCUCGGCGCCUUCUCCCAGAACAUGACGCAGAUCCUCAAGGACGCGGCCAAGCACCGGGAGGCAGCCGUCGACACCACUGCCCCAGAGCCCGUCCCCGCAUCCUGUCAGGAGGAUUCACUGGCGGACGUCAUGUUCCUGGUGGACGAGUCAUUUGGGACCAGACAGAACCUGCGGCACCUGCAGAGCUUCCUGGAGCGCGUCACGAGCUCCGUGGACGUGCAAGGCGACUGCAUGCGGCUGGGCCUGAUGAGCUACAGCAGCAGCGCCCAGACGAUUUCUGCCCUGAGGGAGAGCACCACGAGCUCUGCCUUUCAGCAGCAAGUCCAGAGGCUCUCUGUCCGCGCUGGGAAGUCCAACGCCGGGGCCGCCCUCGAGCAGAUGCGAGGCGGCUUCUUGGAGCUGGGCAGCAGCAGGAGGGCCCUGGGGGUGCCUCAGAUGGCGGUCCUGGUCACCGGCAGGCCGGCGGACGACGAGGUGUGGCGGGCCGCGCUGAGCCUCCGGCAGGAGGGCGUGACCGUGUUUGCCGUGAGCAUCCAGGGGGCCAACAGCAGCCAGCUGGAGGAAAUCGUGUCGUUCCCCCCGGAACAGACCCUCACCACGCUGGAGUCCUACGCAGACUUGGAGGCUUACAGCAAGACGUUCCUGAAAAAGCUCCGCAAUGAGAUCUGGUCCCAAAUGUCUGCUUAUCCUGAACAAAAGGAGCUUGAUAAAACGGGCUGUGUGGACACAAAGGAGGCCGACAUCUACUUCCUCAUCGACGGAUCAAGCAGCAUCUGGGGGGGAUACUUCACAGAAAUCAAAGAGUUUAUGCAGAAGGUGAUAGACAUGUUCAGCAUUGGUCCCGACAAGGUCCGAGUUGGGGUUGUGCAGUAUUCAGAUAAGAGGCAGGUGGAAUUCAGUAUCACUGACUAUUCUAACGAAGUUGACUUAGGAAAGGCUGUUUUGAACAUCAAGCAACUAACAGGUAACACCUACACGGGGAAAGCCCUGGAUUUCAUGCUGCCGACCAUCCGAAAAGGAAGGGAGAGUCGGCCCCGCCCCGUUCCCUGCUACCUCAUCGUGCUGACCGAUGGGAAGUCUGCAGACGCUGUCCAGGAACCCGCCGACAGACUCAGGGAGGAGCAAGUCAUCGUCCAUGCAGUCGGCGUCGGGGAGGCCAACAAAGCAGAACUGCGGCAGAUUGCUGGGCAAGAAGACAGGGUCAGCUUCGGGCAGAGCUUCGAUGCUUUGAAAAGCAUCAAGGAUGAGGUGGUUCGCAGAAUCUGCACUGAAGAAGGAUGUAAAGACAUGAAGGCUGACAUCAUGUUUCUGGUGGACAGUUCCGGGAGUAUAGGACACGACAAUUUUGAGAAGAUGAAAACCUUCAUGAAAAACCUGUUGGCGAAGAUUCAGAUUGGUGCAGGCAAAAACCACGUUGGCGUUGUUCAGUUUAGUGACACCACUAAGGAAGAGUUCCGGCUUGACACAUACCUCACCCAGAAAGAAGUUUCCGACGCAAUAGGUAGAAUGUCUUUCAUCGGCAAUAACACUUACACCGGAAGGGCACUCGCCGACGUAGACCAGUAUUUCACCCCCUCCAAGGGGGCCCGUCUCGGAGUCAGGAAGUUUCUCAUCCUCAUCACGGACGGAGAAGCGACGGAUAGCGUGAGGGACCCGGCUGGAGUUCUUCGCAGCAAACAUGUGACCAUCUUCUCCGUGGGCGUGUACGGCGCCAACCGGACGCAGCUGGAGGAGAUCAGUGGGGACAGCAGCCUGGUGUUUCACGUCGAGAACUUCGACCACCUGAAGACAAUAGAAAGCAAGCUUGUCUUCAGCGUGUGUGCUCGCCACGAUUGCAAGAGGAUCGAGCUGCUGGACGUCGUGUUUGUGCUGGACCACUCGGGAAGCAUCCUCCAGGAAGAUCGCGAGCGCAUGGUGAACAUGACCAUCCACUUGGUGAAGAAGGCGGACGUGGGCCGGGACAGGGUGCAGUUUGGGGCACUCAGGUACUCCGACCAGCCAGAGGUUCUCUUCUACCUGAACACGUACCCGAGCCGAGACGGCAUCAUCAGGAACCUGAGGAUGCGCCGGGACACGGGCGGGGACACGUACACGGCACGGGCGCUCAGGCAGGCAGGCACCCUGUUCACCCAGGAGCACGGUAGCCGCAUCACACAGGACGUUAGGCAAAUGCUGGUCGUGGUCACCGACGGGGAGUCCCACGACCGAGAGCAGCUCAAUGACACGGCCUUCCACCUGCGAGACAGAGGCAUCACCAUCUUUGCGGUGGGCGUGGGGGCGGCUGACAGGAAGGAGCUGGAGGGCAUGGCGGGGAGCAAAGAAAACACCAUCCACGUCGAAGAUUUCGACAAGCUGAAGGACGUCUACACGGCCAUACAAGAGAGCAUGUGCAUCAACUCACAAGAGGUCUGCAAGCUUCCGGAGGCCGACGUGGUUUUCCUUUGCGACGGCUCCGACAGGGUGUCGGAUUCGGCGUUUGUGACCAUGACCGCUUUCUUGGCAGACCUGGUUGAUAAUUUUGACAUUCAGUCUCAAAGAAUCCAAGUCGGCAUGGCUCAGUUUGGAAGCCACUACCAACAAAUGAUUGGGCUGAAGAACUCCACGACCAGGGCCCAGUGGAGGGCUCGGGUCCAAGCCAUCCCAAAGAGCGGUGGGCGUCCGAGGAUGGACUUGGCCCUCCGAUACGUGAGCGGGAUGUUUAGCCUCUCCGCCGGCGGGAGGAGAAACGCGGGCGUCCCUCAAGCCUUGGUUGUCAUCACAUCUGGGAAACCCAGCCACCCCGUGGCCGACGCGGUCAGAGCCCUGAGAGACCUGGGCAUCUGCGUCCUGGUGUUGGGCGUGGGAGAUGUGCGUAAGGAGGCGCUCCUGCCCAUCGCGAGGAAUUCUGGGAAAAUCCUCACUUUCAAGAACUUUGAUAAGUUAAAGGAGGGGCACGUGAAGAAAAGAGUCGUGCGGGAAAUCUGCCAGACCUGCGGAGGGACCGCCUGCUUCCUGGACGUGGUGGUCGGGUUCGACGUCUCCACUCACCAACCCGGCCAGCCUUUGUUCCAGGGCCACCCCCGGCUGGAGUCCUACCUCCCGGGCAUCCUAGAGGACGUCACCUCCAUCCGGGGGGUGAGCUGCGGGGCGGGCACGGAGGCGCAGGUGAGCGUGGCAUUCAAGGUGAACAGCGACCAGGAGUUCCCCGCCAGGUUCCAGAUUUACCAGCCGGCGCUGCUGGACAGCCUGCGGCAGGUCACCGUCAGCGGGCCCACUCGGCUGGACGCGCCCUUCCUGCAGGCCCUGUGGGACACCUUUGAGAACAAGUCGGCCUCCCGGGGACAGGUGAUGCUCAUCUUCUCGGACGGUCUCCAGGGCGAGAGCAGCGAGGCCCUGGAGAGCCAGUCGGACAGGCUCAGGCAGGCAGGCCUCGACGCCCUGCUGGUGGUGUCCCUGAGCCCGACCGCCCAUCACGACUUUUCCAGCUUUGAGUUUGGAAAAGGCUUUGAUUACAGGACGCCCCUGACCCUCGGCAUGAGGGAGCUGGGCAGGACACUGUCGCAGUUCCUGGGAAACAUCGCAGAGAGGAUUUGCUGCUGUACAUUUUGCAAAUGCUCAGGGGUUCCAGGACUUCACGGACCUCGCGGACAACAGACCACAAAGGGCUUUCCGGGUCUGAAAGGCAGCCGAGGACACAGGGGAGAAGACGGGGACGCUGGAAGACGAGGAGACACGGGACCCCAGGGAGACAAAGGGCUUGCAGGGUGCCCAGGAGAGCGGGGUGAGAAGGGCACCAGGGGCUUUUCUGGAUAUAAGGGAGAACUCGGAGACCACGGGCUGGAUGGACUCGACGGGGAAGAGGGCUUUCAUGGAUUUCCGGGAAUAAAAGGAGAAAAAGGCAACCCAGGGGCUCAGGGCAGCCCCGGUUCCAGAGGCUCCCCCGGGGGACGUGGAGAGAAGGGCUUCCCGGGGGAUCCGGGUAAUCCAGGACAAGACAGUGGCCUCCAAGGACCAAAAGGGACCAAAGGAGAACCAGGAAGACAAGGUAGAGCUGGACUGAAGGGGACGCCAGGCGGUCCUAGCUCCAGAGGAAGCAGGGGACGGGGUGGCCGGAGAGGACUCCAGGGUGCCUCGGGAGACCCAGGAAGUCCUGGACCCCCGGGCACACAGGGAGCAGAAGGAUCCCAAGGCCCACAGGGGUCAAGGGGAAGUCCUGGCAGGAAGGGAGAGAAAGGAAGCGAGGGGCACAAGGGACCUCAGGGUUCUUCUGGGCCAACGGGGGCUAAAGGGAGCCCUGGAAGAUCCGGACUUUCGGGGAAAAAAGGAGAGCCUGGACUCCCUGGAGACUUGGGGCUGGCCGGCCAGCCUGGGCAGCGAGGAAGACAGGGAGAUUCUGGCAACCCGGGCUACGGUCAGACGGGACAAAAAGGAGUGAAGGGCCUCCGAGGGUUCCCUGGAGAUAUGGGGCUGAAGGGUGAUGUUGGGAAUUCUGGAACUCCUGGGGGACCUGGACCCAAAGGAUUUCGGGGACUGGCUCUCUCUGUAGGUUUGAAAGGUGAAAGGGGUUCUCGGGGACCCCCGGGCCCUCCUGGACCAAGAGGUGUUAAAGGUCUGGCGGGGCAGCCGGCGUAUUUGCAGUGUGAUCUGAUCCAGUUCCUGCGUGGACAUAGCCCUUGCUGGAAAGACACGUGCCCGGUGUAUCCCACAGAGCUGGUGUUUGCCCUGGACGACUCCUCCGACGUCACGGAGCAGAGGUUUAACAGAACGCGGGACCUCGUCACGUCCAUAGUCCGUGACCUGGCCGUCCGUGAGGACAGCUGCCCGGUGGGCGCCAGGGUGGCGGUGGUGGCCUACGGCUCGGCCACCCGCUACCUCCUCCGCUGGUCCGACCACCGCAGGAAGAGGCAACUCCUGCAGCACCUCGCCCAGAUGGAGCACGGCCACGCCGCCGGGCCCCGGGACCUGGGGGGCGCCAUGCGCUUCGUGGCCCGCCACGUGUUCAAGCGCUCGCUGGCGGGCCCCAACGUGAGGAGGGUCGCGGUGUUCUUCAGCCACGGCCAGACGGCCAGUCAGUCGUCGGCCCUCACGGCCACCAUGGAGUUCAGCGCCCUAGGCAUCAGCCCCGCGGUCUUCGCUUCCAGCGACAGAGGUUUCCUGGAGGACGCUUUCGGGUUUGACAACAUUGGAACAUUCCAGGUGAUCCCACUUCCUUCCGAUGAGGAGAGUGAAGCCUUCAAACGAUUUCGACGCUGUACCCUUUGCUAUGAUAAAUGUUUUCCACACACCUGCGUUCAAGAGAUUUUCUUACCUGAAAAUUCCCACAUGGAUGUUGCCCUCCUCUUAGACAAUUCUCGGCAUAUAGCAGCUGAUGAGUUUAAGGCCAUGCAAGCCCUGAUGAGUGCGGUGAUUGACGUCUUUCACAUUGCUCCAGACCCGGUAGUCGCAGGCUCUGGCGACAGAGUCGCCCUGCUGAGCUACCCUUCUUGGGAUAGUUCCCAGAGGAGAGAGGGUGCAGUCAAAACAGAGUUUGCGUUUACAACUUACAACAGCGGAGUCCUCAUGAAAAACCACAUCUGGACCUCCUUCCAGCAGCUGGAUGGAGAAGCCAUGAUUGGCCGUGCCCUGCUGUGGACCAUGGAAAAGCUCUUCUCAGAAACUCCCAACCCAAGAAAACACAGGGUCAUCUUUGUGCUCUCAGCUGGAGAAAAUUAUGAGAGCAAGGAAUUUGUAAAGAAGAUGGCCGUGAGGGCCAAGUGUCAAGGCUAUGUCAUAUUUGUGGUUUCUCUCGGCUCCACACAUAAGGACGACAUGGCGGAGCUGGCCAGUCUCCCACUUGACCAGCAUCUCAUCCAGCUUGGGAAGAUGCAUCAACCAGAUCUGGACUACAUUGUGAAGUUCUUAAAGCCAUUUGUAUACUCGGUCAGACGAGGGUUCAAUCAGUACCCGCCACCGGCGCUCGAGGGCACCUGCAGACGCAUGGCUCUGGCCUGGGAGGCUGGUCAGGAUGGCGGCCUCAGGCUUUCCCCCGAGUCCCAUGAGGUUUCUUCAGGAGACAAUGGCCUCAUCAGCCAAGAAUUCAGUGCCGAGAGAGACGCGUCCCUUGUGAAGUUAGAGGACAACGGGAGUGAACAUCUGGUUUACUUUCCAAAUCAAAUGGUUGAGCCACAGAAAUUAGUGAUUAAUUUUGGAAAAGUUCGGGAAUCUGCAGAAAGUGCAAGUCUCACCUCUGGACACGAACAUCAUGGCAGAGAAGACCCAGGUCUUACUUACAGACCUGGAGAUGCCACUCCUCAAGACUAUUACAUGGAUGUGGCUUUCCUCGUAGAUGCUUCCCACAGAGUAGGCGGUGAUGAGUUUCAGGAAGUGAAGGCCUUUGUCGCCGCAGUGCUUGACUACUUCCUCAUUGCCCCGGACCCACUGGCCUCCGUCCUGGGGGACAGGGUGGCUGUCCUGAGCUACUCCCCCGCUGGCUAUCUGCCUGGCACCGAAGAAUGCCCCGUCUACCUGGAAUUCGACUUGCUUGCGUACAACAGUCUUCCCCAAAUGAAGCGUCACGUCCAAGACUCCUUUCAGCAGCUGCACGGAGACGUGUUCAUCGGCCAUGCCCUGCAGUGGACAGUGGACAACGUCUUUGCAGGAGCCCCCAAUCCGAGGAAAAGCAAAGUGAUCUUCGUGGUAUCUGCGGGUGAGACCAACCCCUUAGACAAGGAGGUCCUGAGGAACGCGUCCCUGAGGGCCAAGUGCCAAGGCUUCUCCAUUUUCGUGCUCUCCUUUGGCCCCACCCACAACGACGAGGAGUUAGAAGAAUUAUCCAGCCAGCCCCUGGGCCAACACUUGGUCCAGCUUGGCCGAACCCACAAACCAGACUGGGGCUAUGGCGUCAAGUUUGUCAAGCCCUUUGUCCAUUUAAUCAGACGUGCCAUCAACAAAUAUCCCACCCGAGACCUGAGGGCCACGUGUCCCAACGUCACCUCUCCCACCCCUGAGAAUGCUGGCACAGAACACACUGUAUUGUGA